AUGGAAAGAUGCGUAUUCAAGUUGAAUUCGUUGUUGCAUGGAUUGGAUAUACCUGAAGAUGAAUUGAUUUCACUUAAUGUAAAGUUUUGCUCUUAUUUUCGAUGUUAAACAAAUUGUUCAUUAUUUUUUAGUUUCAAUCGUCAUUUCCCGAAAGCAUUCCUCGAUUCCGUGAGUUCAAUAAUUAACCUUAUUUUUUGAAAUAUAAUUAUUCAUUUAUUUUAGCUUAUAAAUAUCCUAUUGGAAAGUAUAUCGAACUCAACGAAGAUCCGAAGGAUUUGGAAAAAUACUCUAUUUCAGUGUGAGUUCCCAUCGAAAAUAAAAAUAGUAAAUAUGCGUCAUUUUUCAGAGCCAAGCAAAAAAAGGAACAUAUCUCAUUUCGUGAAAAGAUUCGUAAGUUUCUAUUGGGAGAUCAAGAAGCGAAUUGCAGUUUUUGGGCUUAUACCAAUUACAAGAAACCGUUCCAUUAUUAUACAAAAACAGCUAUUGAAUAUUUGAAAAACAUGGGUCAAUCUUCUUCAAAAUUUUUUCCGCGAGCUUUGAUAAUUGGACAAACGACUGAAAAAGUUAAGAGCACUUGCACGGAUUUAUUCAAAGGAAAAUCAAGUGAUCGGGAAGCUCGUCUUGGAAUCAAAUUAUUAGAUCCAGAAAAUCAUAUUGAAGAAAAAUCAGAAGAAAGUGGAGAGAAAAGAAGACGGAGAUGUGAUAUUAUCGUUGGAAGUUCGAAAAAUAUUAGUGAAGAAUUGAAAUCAUUGUACUCACAUAAUCCAAUGAUGUACAAUCAGCGUGCUUCACUUAUAGUAAUUGAAAAUUGUGAAGAAUUCGUCAACGAUGUCGAAUUUGUCCGUAAUGUCAUGCAAAUUCUGAACAGAUUUCACGGAAAAUGUGUGAAUAUCUUGUUUUUCUGUCGCACAACGAAAUUGUCACCUUCAGUUUUCAAUAUUUGUGAAAAAAUGAUUCGUGGAAAUUUGGUGCUUGAAAUAGAAGAAUUGCGAGAACGCGACAUGUUUGAUUAUAUAAGAAUUCAUCAAAUUUCAUCUGCUGAAGAGCUUCAAAAUGAUCUAUUAGUAUUACAAUCGGUUGAUGGUACACCGAGUGGAUUUCAAUCUUCAAAAUAUUUUGGAUUAUCUCCUGAAAUUCAAAAAAUUGAUAAAUGCAUGAAAAUUGUGAAUAAACUGAUAUCGAUUAGAGAAUCAAUAAACGAAAGAAGACAUAGUAAGAAUAAAUUAUAUGUUUUGUGUGUUGAAAAUUGAGGAAAAAUUUCAGGAGAUCGAAACGAAAAAAUCUUGAUUGUCACCGAAAAUGUUGAGAAGGCAAAUUCGAUGGCGUUGAUCUUGAAAAUUCAAAAUCCAGACUUGCUAAUCUGCUCUCUUACGAGAUAUGAUGACGUGGACAACACAGAACGCGUGAAUUUCGAAUUCCGGUCAGAUGAAGCGAACAUUUGUGUUGUUGACUGGAGAAGUAUUCAUGAGAUUAAUCGAGGAAUCGUUGAUUCGGUCAGUUUUCCAAAAAAGUCGAUCUUUGUUCUAAGGAAAAACUAUUUUUAGGUGAUUUUCGUUGAUUUGAUGGAGCCUAGAUUUUGUAAAACAAUCUUCGAAGACGAAAUGGAAAGAUUGAUUACAAGAGAUGCUGUAAAAUUGAAAAUUCAUGUUCUUCUAAACAAGGAAAAAGAUCUAUGGGUUAUUCCAAAAUUGGCGAAAGUAAGAUUGUUUAAUGUUUUGCAUUUUUGAAAUAAAACGAUUUUUUACAGCUCAUCAAAAAAUAUCAGCUCUCAUUCCCAUCGGAUUUCGAAUAUCUAGUCGCCAAACACAAAUUAUGGGUCGAACAACUUCAGCGAAUGUGA